CCUGAAUUUAUCAGCAGAAAUCCAUGUUUUGAAGUCAGCCAAUCAGUGUCGUUCAGCAAUUCAGCAUUCAGUAAAAAAAUUCAGCGUUUUAGUAUUACCCAAAGUUAAAGGAGCUUUAAGUAAUUCUAUUGGCUAAAAGGUAGUUUAAGCCAGUAUAGAAUUGCUUAAAGGCUAUGUUCACACUACAACUUAAGCAGCUUAAUUUUUUCGCCUUAAGGAUUCUGACUGGUGCCUUUACGAAGAAAAAGUUAAGACACCAAUCAGAAUCCUUAAGGCGAAAAAAUUAAGUUGCUUAAGUCGAAGUGUGAACAUAUAACUUUUGUAGUGUAGACAGGGCCUAUCCCGUUUCUGUUCAGAUACCGCUACACAAGACGCAUGCAGAUCUUCGUUGGUCAAUUUCAGCCAUACAUAUACGAGUGUCAAAGUUAAGGCGAACAAAAAUCCUUCAUUGCAUGUUAGAAAUCGAUUUCGAAUUUCAAGAAUCUUGGGAAUUAUUUAUAGAAAAUCGAUCGAUUUUCUAGAAUAUUAGAAAAUCACGAAUUUCUAAAAAAAAGCCAGAAAAUCUACGAACAUUUUAGGAAUUACAGAAAAAGCUCCAUAAUUUUCCAGGUCGAUUUUCUAUAAACUGAAAAUUAAUUCCGAAUUAAAGUUGUAGUCAUAGAUCCGUGGUCAUCAAAUUACUAAUUCUCCUGCUCUUCAAACAUUUCACCAUGUCUACUGGAAAAAUUAAUGUAUUAAAAAAUGAAGUAAUAAAAUCCUUCCAUGAUGAAUUUAAAAGUGAUCCAACAAUAUGUAUAUUUGCUCCUGGUCGAGUAAAUUUGAUUGGUGAACACUUAGAUUACAAUGAUGGGUACGUUUUAUGUAUAAGAUUAGGACGAGUAGAAAAAAUCACUAUUAGAUUUACUUUCAAGAGUUGGAAUAAACAGAUAGAGGCUACUAUAAACGAUUUGGAUAUGAUUUACUGUAUCAUAGCUGUAUCAUUUCUUGCUAAAAGUAACGAAUAUUAUUAGUAUUUUUGCUUUUAGGUUUGUAUUCCCAAUGGCUAUUCAGUUAGGUACAUCAAGUGUUUGUUCAUGUUAUGUUUCUUACUAGGUAUUCUUAACUUUUACACUAGGUACAAUUAUUGUUGGCAAACAAAUUGAUGGAACAAAAUGUACGAUAAAAACAUUAUCAGAGGACGUCGAUAAACCGACUCAUAUUGACAUUGAUUUAACCAAAGUGGUGAAACCCGUUGAUUCACCAAAGUGGUCCAAUUAUGUGACUGGUGUAUUGGCAUUGUAUCUGGAUAAAAUUAAACCAAAACAAAAGCACGCAUUUCAGUUGUGUAUUGGUAACAAUGUACCCGUGGGAGGUGGAUUAAGCUCAUCAGCAUCAAUUGAAGUGGCAAUGUGUACAUUUCUUGAAUGCUUGUAUCAACAAGAACUUGAUAAAUUAGAAAAAGCAUUAUUAUGCCAAAAAGCCGAACAAACAUUUGCGAAUGUGCCCUGUGGUAUUAUGGACCAGUAUGUUGCUUGUAAGGGGGAAAAAGAUCACGCCGUAUUAAUAGAUUGUCGCACAAAUACGUCAAAACUAAUUCCAAUGAAAGAUCAAGAUGUGGCAAUACUGGUAUCGAAUACAAAUGUUAAGCAUGAAUUAGGUGUGGGAACAUUUGGUGAACGAGUGCAACAAUGUGAGGAAGCUGCUAAAAUAUUAGGUAUGUUGACUGUAAAGUGUAUCUAUAUUCCAAUGUCUCUUCUACAGCUUCAAUAUUUAGGUAAAAAACGUUUACGUGAUGUUGAGUCAUUAGAUGAAUUGAAAAAGCUACAUGGAAAGAUGCCAGAUGUUAGUUAUCGCCGAGCUUAUCAUGUUAUUACAGAGAUCGAUCGUACAAAAAAGGGUGCUGAAGCAUUAGCUGAUAAUAAUUACGAGUUAUUUGGAAAAUAUAUGCUUGAAAGUCAUAAAUCGUUAAAAGACGAUUAUGAAGUAUCAUGUGAAGAAUUAGAUCAAUUUGUUGAAAUACUUAAAGAUAUAGAUGGAGUAUAUGGUACUAGAAUGACUGGAGCAGGCUUUGGUAUGUAA